AUGGAGUUUGAUGGAAGCUCACCGGCGAGAAUAUUCAACAGUUGCCUUCAAAACUGGGAACCUGGGGCCGGAAUGAGAGCUUCAGAUUUAGGUGGAGGGAACCGUAUGACACAAAUAUCGCAUGAAACCCUUUUUCAAAUCACAAUGCCCAAGAUGAAAAUCGAGACGGACUUCAAACUCAGAAAAGCGUUGAUAGCAAUGGGAGUGACGAAUAUGUUCUCUGAACAGGGUCGAUUUGACCGGAAACGCCGGCAAACCUCCACUCAAAGUUUCUGA